AUGAUGCCUGCAGCUAAAGGCAUGUCCCAUGUGAUACCCAACCAUGUUCUGAGAGUGGGUCAAACUAUCCAACUGGGCUCGGCCCAGGAGAAAAUUCUCAAGGAGCCCAGCAGUAACCAUGACGACCUUGACAUAUCCCUGGAUAAUCUCAACCAGCUCAUGCUGGAUCUGGAUCCGUCGUUUGAACCCAUUCGGGUCAACAAAAGUCCCUCAUGCACCAGCCCGUCUACAGGUACAGUAAAACUUUGAGCCUGCUUUACAUUCAAGUUUUCCUCUUGUCUCUCUUUCAACCUGAAGAGGUGUGACACAGAGUGGAGUUAACCCAUAGUCACCCUCAUUAAACAAACACCACACAUAGCCUGGGGAUUUGGAAAUUUACCCUCCCUGUUUGGGAUGGCUUUGAUUUUUUUAACUAUGGGAUAAUUGCACCACUUCAGCUGUUCUGGGAUUACUGCCCAGACUAGCACCACACCCUGCUGCACAUGUUAAGUUACAGAUGCAGAGAAGCUCACCAAGUAAGUCGCACAUCGGGGUGGUAUAGUGGUUUCUUCAAACAGAGCUGCUCUGAUCAGAAACUGUGCACAAGAGUCAACAAAGCCUGUACUUAGAUUUCCUGUUAUCACUUUUUUUCAACGUGAAAGACGUUGGUUGUUUGGUUAUGAGUGCUACGUUUGUGGUGCUAAGAAAAGAAGUGUGAAGAAAAUCAUCAACAAGCUUAAGACAGAAACAGAACUUUUAGGCAGAGUUAGUGAGCACCACCUGUGGUUGUGAAACAUGGUAAUUCCACCUCCAGUCCCAGACAGAUAUCACUAUUUCUGUGCUACUAUCAGUCACUGUUAUGUAAUGCCAGUUGCAAAGCCGUGACACAUGCACUGACCAGCACCUACAGUGUUUUCCAGCUGGUAAAAAAAGAAACUUGCUCAGCGCCCAUCAUCACAGUGAGGCAAACAGAUCCUCAGGUACACAGGGACAAGUCAGGACUGCUCUAAGGGAUUUUGUUUCCUCGCAACAGCAGAAAUGAACAUUCAAAGCAUUCGGUUUUGAAGGAAUGGCCUGUGCUCUACAAGCAGGUUCCUGCAUGAGAAAUAUGAAUGUUUUUAUCACUCAACUGUCUUAUACAAACAGCUGACUGUUUGCAUCCAGAGGCCAAGCCCAUUUUACCAAGAGAAAAGCAAAGUGUAAAGUCUGGGAAAUGACACAACAUGCAGGGUUUUUUCCAAAGACUUACACAUCUCCUUUGGUAUUGCAAAACCUUGAUGUAGUUUUUUUUGCUUGAACUCCUCUCUCUACCCUCAGAUGAUUCCUGCUCAGAUGAAGAUGUCUCCCAAUGUGUUUUGGUCCCUCGAGGAUGCCAUCCCUGCUUGUCACCCACUGUGGCCCCAUGUGUGUCACCCAGUAUCCCCAUCCCAACACAAAGCAGUGUCAGCCACAGUCCACAAGGGGCACUUGUGUUUUCAAGCUCCCCAUCGUCCUCCCUGCCUCCACUGCCAGGUGGAAGUGUUCCCCGAAGACAGCCCUCACCAAAGCAAGAAACAGGAUGUCUGCGACUGUCACACUCCAACAGAAACAGUGUCACCUCGCUCCUCUCUAUGUCCACAUGCUCAGACACCAGCUACAUCCUUGGCAGGUAAUACAAAAUACCAAAACAUUAAGAUAUAAUUGAAAAAUGUUUAUAUGUGUUUUUAAGAAGAUCAGUGGUCUAUUGAGACCCAGACUAGGACCAGUUUGUAGGGGACUGAUAGUAAUGGGAUUUUAAAGUGAAUCACUUAUUUCAUGACAGACAUGACUGUCCGUAACAAACAUACAUAUUUCAUUUUGAAUUUAAUCACAGCAGGAUCAAACUCAUUCAUUUCUUCCUUUAUAUUAAACCUCAUGAUAAAUAUAAAGACAGAAAGAAAUGAUUGUCCUUCUAUUUGAAGUAUGAGUUCAGUUGAAUGUCAGACAAAAACAUUCUUCACACAAAGAUAUGGGCUUCCUAAAGACAGAUUCAUAUAUGUAUGUUUGCCAAUAAAAACAUCAAUGUUAAAGAAAAUAUAGUAGAGAAUUCAACACUGUUGCUGAUUUAGAAAUACUGUCAACCCCCACCAGUUAUGCUCUAAUAUUUCCAUUUAUUUCUCAUCAUUCUUGCACAGCAACCUGUCACUGGCCAGUGAAGACGCUGAUUUUCCAGAGUCCAUUCUCACUUAUUCGCCCGGCGACGGGUCCAGAAUGAGGACGACCGACAAUCAGCUCAGUCCAGAAAAGCCUCCACUGAUGAGGCGAGGACAUCUACAAGAGCAGCGUGGAGCACAUAGCAGUCCUGCCUCACUGUCGAGCUCUUUGACAGACAUUCCUAUACUGCUUGUCAACGGCACACCACAGCAGGAUAUGAACAUCCACUCUCUUGGGCCAGAGAUGGACUUAACGCAGACUACAACCAUGUACAACUCCAAGCCUGUCGCCCCUCACAGUAAGCAGCACAUUGAAUUGAGGUUUAAUUUUGCAGGAAGUUAUCAAUAUUCAAACUAUUUUUGGUCACACUGACGUAUUUUUUGAUUGUUCAGGUUUCCAAGCCCGCUUUAGUGGCAGCCAGCCAUCGAUGAAGUUCGUCAUGGACACUUCAAAGUUUUGGUUCCGUCCACAUAUCAGCAGAAUGGAAGGUGAGAAUCUCAAAAUAUCACACUGAAGAUCUCUGGGUUCAGAUAGUAAAAGCUUUCUUCAGGCGCAGUAGUUUUUAAUUUUUAAGGCUUUGUGACAUUUCUGCACUAAGACAUGACUGUAGGACAAACACUUCUUGAUGUUCAUUUUGUUGAGAGUAAAAUUAACAAUAGAGUGUUGUCCAUGUCAGGGCCAUAUAUAUUAGGAAGUCACUACUAAGGUGUUCUGACUAAACAGAGCAAAGAGGCACCAAUGCUUAUGAAUCCUCUUGUCCAUUUAUGGUCACUUCUGGCCCCAGCAAAAGAAGAUGGCAAUGACAAAAACGCUAAACUUUGACUUUACAGGAGUUAUAUCAACUGUCUGGUCAGAGUUCAUGUCAGAAUCAUAAAAAUAAAUGCACACUAUAUCAACACUGAGCAUUGUCUUCGAUUUCUUCUUGAUUCUAGCUGAAGCACUGCUGAGAGACAAGGAAGCAGGAACAUUUGUGGUGAGAGACAGCACGUCCUACAGAGGCAACUUCGGUCUGGCUAUGAAGAUCGACCAAACAUCUGCCAACUUAGAUGCCAGCGCCUACCCAGGUAAACUUCUACAGUACAGCUGCUUUUUAAUCAUACACAGCUGUUUACAUAACUUUUUUAGUAUUCUAGGGAGAAUUUAAAUUCCAGGUAAAAUAAACUUGGACUUAAGAAACCCAGUGGUGUUGUACCAGCUGUGAUGCUACAUUUUCUUUAGCUGUCACUUACCGUCAUUGUUUUACUAAUUCAAUACAACACAAUGAAAUGCAAUGCAGAACAAUAUGAUGCAAAAUGAUAAAAUAGGAUAUUGUUCAUUUUGGAAGUAUUGGUGUGAUAUGGUAGGAUAAGGUAGGACAGGAUUGGACAGGACACACUAAGACUGCCCUUUCCCUGCAUUACUUUUUUAUGUCCUGAUAACAAAACACAAAGCUACAGGUGUAAAAACAGCUUAAAAUAAGAGGUAACAAUAAAACGUACUCUUAGAUUGGUGUCUGUGACGUCACUCUCUCAGGUGUAGAGAUACUCACAUCACAGAUACAAAGAGUGGGGAGAGAGAGUGAGAUUGUCCUCUAGUCUCGACAUCGUGGAUGGCAAUCUUGGUCACACAAAUAUAAACAUAUACGGUGGUCAGCAAGUAUAAAGUUGUCCAUCUAGGGUAAACACUGACAAAUAUCAGUUACGAAAUUUUCAAAUACUGCUGCAGUGUCUCUGCACCUCUAUUCAGCUACAUAGAUAUCUAAUGGUGUUGAGCAAGAAGAACUUAAAGGUCGAUAUCUCUCUCUGUUGCUUAAGAAUGGGCGUUAGUAAUAGGUUUUGAACUUAUCAACUGAACUGUCCCUGAAGUGUACCUAUUCCAGCUGUCUCUCUAGGCACUUUUACUUCCCUAAAUGCUUUUAUUAAAUGUUGCAGCGGCAGUAACAUUUCUGGGUGAAAUGGAGGAAAAAUGGUCUGGAAAAGGAAAAACUGUGCAAACACAAUGCAGCACAGUGCUGCAGUUGUGAUGUGUUUAUACCAAGGCCAGAAAGGCACGAAAAAUCACUUACCAAACUCUGGUGAUGUGAAUGGGCCUGUCUGAUGAUAUCCAGCUAUCUGCGGUGAGGCAGGAGACAGUGUUGUUUUUUUUUCCAUCCGCAGUAUACACUGUGUAAACAAAAAGAAAACCAGCUGUUUACGGCAGUGUAAGCAAUCAAAGAGGGAAAAAUGGACCUCACUCACAAAACGAUUUUGUGGCUAGCUUCAUUUGUGGAUUUGUAUUUGUUUUACAGGAAUGGAGGAUAUGAAAGACAUAUGAGCUUUGUGUCGGGAACUGAGACCAUUUCUAAGUGCAGAAUCAGGGUUAUGUUGUCAGUUCAAAUAUUCCUCUGCUAAAUUAUUCCUUUAGGGUAAUGAGAAAACACAAUUACCCUUGGCUGUAGGAAGUUAUAUCAUAUUUCCCCUUUGUAACUUCCAUGUUGUUUUGAAUGUUAAAUGGUUUGUGUAAAAAAGUCAAUCAAUAUUAUAAAAGACCAAAGGUGAACUCAGAGAAAAGUUAAGUACAUUUAAUAAUAAUAAUUGACAAAAAAAGAGAUUCUUCUUACAAAUUGCUGCUAUCCCUAGAAGUGUGGGUGUAUGAGUAUAUUCAAAUUCAACUUUAUUUAAAUGGCAUAUUUCUUACAAGGAUGUAAUUCAAAGUGCCCCACAAAGGUUAAAAGCAACAAUAAAACCCAACCCUCCCACCCACACACACACCCAUAGACGCACACACACAUCCAUAGACGCACACACACACACACACACACACACACACACACACACACACACACACACACACACACACACACACACACACACACACACACACACAUACAUACAUACACAAGCGCACACACACAAGUGCACACAGAAUGAGCAUUUAAGUUAUAUUGUUAAAGAGACAUGGCUUGACACCAACUAUCUACAUUCAUUCAUGAGUGUAAUAUUUUGUGUAACUAAAUCAAAGAUGUUCAACAGAGAAAUCAAUUCUUGUAGCUAUUUAAAAAGAGUUAAACCAAAGGGUAAAACAAAACAACAUGACUGUGAUAGAUGCUUAAACAAUAAUAUGAUUGACAUAAAAAAAAUGAUCAGUUCUGCAUCCCAUUCCAUUUCUUUAUCCACAUUUAUUUGGGUUGGAACUAUUUUUUUUCCACUGUGUUAGAGCCCAACCUUUGGAGCAGGUUAUUCACUGCAUAAUUGCAACACUGUUUUGUCUCACAUUUCCCUCUCUAAAAGACUGCACCUUGAGGAUUUAGACAUCACCCUUUCCCAUAUUGCAAUUUUAAUAAUAUCUGAGUAAAAUAUACAGCCAUACUUUUAGAUGAGUUGACCUUUCACCUCUAGAACCAGGGAUAAAACAAAAAUCAGGAGGAGUUGUAUUGUUGUAAUUUUUAGGUACAAAAUGUCAUAUGUCAAGAAUAAUGUUCAAAUAUCUGGUUUAUUUGACCAACAUCUGGCACUACGUAAUUUGUCUGUAAAUAUGGACUGGUUGGUUCAAAAGAUACUUAAGAUUAUUGUGAUUUUUUUCUUGUCGGCUUUUGCAUCUUUAUCAUAAACCGUACAUUUACCGUAUUGUUUGCUUGUAAAUGAUUGAAACUUUUCCAUUCAUGUGCAACAGGCGAGAACAGCUCAGACCUCAUCAGACACUUCCUCAUUGAAUCAUCAGCUAAGGGCGUACGCAUCAAAGGCUCGUCUCAAGAACCCUACUUUGGUAAGUUGAAGUUAAUUAUAAAAACAAGUUUUUGGCGCACUCCUAUAACUUAAAUCCCACUCAUAGUAAACCUGCCCACUCAAUAUGAGUGAACAUCCUGGUGUGGCUGGCAUAUGCCUGAGUCAGCCAUGUCUAGCCUGUAAAGGUGUGGGUGGGAAGCAGUGAGUGGAUCCCUUUCAUCAUUCAAAGGUAUGAGUUCUCAGGGUGUGUUCUUAUACAAACAGAUCUAUUAUCAGAAGUUAUCCUAUCACAGUCUGUGGGUGUAUGGAAUAAGGCACAUGCGAGACUCAUGCAUUUGUCAGGAGAAAUCCUGACAUGACGAACAAAAAGUAUCGCAACCUACAGUUGUCAUGAGUCAACUUCACUGCAAAAUCUAUGGGUGUAAACUGGCACUGAGCUGAAGCAAAUGACUUAAACAUCACAAAGAAAAGGUAUGCCACCAAGUUGGAACUUACAGACAGGACUAUCAAAUUUAAUAAUACAAUUACUGCUGGAUAUUGUGAGGUUUUCUGACCGUAUUUUGUCGAGAGAGGAAAUACAUGUCAUACCUGAGCUUAACCAAACCAUUGUUUUGUGUUAUCUUUGCAGGUAGUCUUUCUGCUUUGGUGUACCAGCACACAAUUUCUGCUUAUGCGUUACCCUGCAGACUCGUACUUUACUCCCAAGGUAGGCAACUACUGACAGACUGCUGUCUUUGUGUGUGUGUGUGUUUUGUUCACAAGUGAAAGAUACAAAAUGUUGAACUCACCUUGUAUUUCUUACACAGACCUGAGUGCAGCAGAAGAGAGGACGUAUGAUACAGCAGAAUGUGACAACAAACAAAGAACAGGUGAGACAUUACCAUAAAGUGUGGAAGCUAAAGCUGAUGUGCAUCCAUACAUUUUACUUCACUUCUUUUCCUCUGAUAACAAGUUGAUUUUAGUUGUUGUGAGAUCCUGACUUAAUGCUAGAUGAUCAUAACUAAAGGCGAAUUACACAGUGCUUAUGUCUUCAAAAUGAUUAUAAAAAAUGAUCUCAUCUACCAUGUGUAAGAGUUACUAUUUAGUUCAAAGCAGUUUUUUGCAUUAAGCUGUAAGCAUUACUCACUUUGCUGCAGAAUUGGUCAUUUGGUUAUGAAUCACCACAGGAAUUCCAGGGCUUCUGAUACCAGCUUCAUGUCCAUACAUGAUAGACUGCAUUUUUUCUCUCUCACUCACAAGCUUUAUUUUAAAAUACUAGAGGCUGCCUCGAGGAUACUUUGAGAUAAAUAUAACAAAAGCUUGAUAAAACAACAUGACAUUAAUCUUCAGCACUUAAAAUGGAGUAAAUAAAACGUAUGGAUGCAAGACUACUAAGAGCUUUUGUAAACCAGAACAUAAACCGUCUUUGCUCAUAUUGGCAUAAACUAUAUUAGAUAUACACUCUACCAGUUAUCUUUGAGUAAUUUUUUUUACCAAGUGUUGUUUUUCAUUUAAUCAUUACACCUAAAUGUUUUCUUACACUUUUCUGUCCUAUAGUCAUAUUAGUCCAUAAUUUAUUCACCUACUUGUAGAAAUUGUCAACAGUGGCUUCUCCAAAUUGAAAAAACUAAGUUAACUAACUUUGUUCAGAAAGUCCUUGGUGAAAGAUAACUUCAUAAUUGUCUAGAAAUAAAAAUAUAAUUUAGAUUUACUCAUUGUUCAUUACAUAAAGGGAAAUGACUAGUUUGACAGUGUCACUCUUAUCCACAGAUGUUCACUGUAGCUUGCUAGUUUUAGGCACAAUCAACCACUGACACCUGUACUGUGGUUUUUGGCCCAAACCGCAGACUCCUAAAGGUGAAAACACUAACCUUAAAAAAUGAUGGCUGAAUAACAGGAACACAUCACCAAGGUCAUGCUGUUGUAAAUACAUGGCUGACUAACUGUGACAUACCUCUUUGAAAGCUUGGCCUGCAUUCAGGUAGAAAUUUCCAGCAGCAGAUAACCUCCACAUAUCCUUGGAUCGAACUUUAUCCUGUUGUUUCUACAUUAUGAUGGCUGAUGCCCUAUUAUUUAUGCAAUAUUUACCAUGUUUUGUCAGUUAAAGUCUCACUCCAAUCGUUUUUUUUUACUACUUAAAGUGUUCUCAGUCGUCCUUAAAUUGUGAUUAUGGAGUUUUUACCAAAAAUUGUGUUACCUGUGUCAUUUUCAAGGGCUUUUCUUCUGCAGAGCUCCAGUAGAUCACUAGCAUUUAGCCUGCGAGUCGUGAGUGGAGACAGCGCUGCUCUGCACACUCCUCUUUGCGUUAGCUUGUAGCUUAUCAUUGCCUGUGCAGCAGAAGUGGCAGGUAACAUAGGAGCUAUCCUGCUCUAAUGUCUUUAGAGACAUGAUGAAAUCUAAUGCCAUAAUUAGCUUUCUUACGAGCUAACGCACACGCUUGUUCUGCGAUAGUACUCUCUAUUUCUCCCCUAUAUGCAGAGUGUGGCCUGUAUAGCGGGGCUCUGAGGAUGGAGCUUGGAUUGGUUACAUAAGAAAUCUCAUUGUAUCUGAACCUGCUGUUUGGGUCUGCCAGUCGAGAUUCACAGCAAUUUGAAUGCAGAAAUACUCAGAAAAGCAAUUUCGCAUUUAGUUUUCUCAUGAUAUGUCCUGUAGCAUCAGAUAAAUGCCAUAUGAACGGAUAAAAAACAAGAAAAACAUGAUUUUCAUCAAAGUGGGUCAUUAAAGGGAUGCCAAAAUUUUUGCCUUAAGUGUACAAAUAUCAAGUAAAUUUUUCCCACAGUGUCUUGCUUAUCACUUUUGAUUGAUUAACCACAAUGUUUAUUUCUUCUGCAGCUUCCAAUUUCGUCUACCUGAAUGCCAUUCCUGUUGAGAUGCUGACAGGGCCCUGUGCAGUGCAGAAGGCUGUGUCCUCCACAUUUGACAAAGCCCCUGGCUCCUUCACACCAACUAUUGUGAACCUGAAGGUGUCUAUGAAGGGUGUCACACUGACGGAUAUCAACAGGAAGUAAGACAAUCUACAUCCUGUCACUUUGCAGCAGAGAUUUUUCCGAGGUCAUGUCACAGAAUAGUUAUCACAUUUUUUUUUUCUCAGGCUUUUCUUCAGACGCCAUUACCCCGCUCACCUGCUCAGCUACAGUGGCGGAGAUCCAGGCAAUCGAUUGUGAGUACACAGCAAUACAUGCCAAAAACCAGGGAGACCUAUUUUAAGAAACACAAACUGACACAACCCCCUGAAUGGAUAUACUGUGAUGUGUUUGUUUAAUUUAAGUGCAUAUGUAGUGUUGGUUAGAUUAGGUGUAACUGUUUCCAUCGGUCCCUGAUGCUUUUAUACUCUCAGGUAUAAAACAGAGGGUGAAAACUGAAACUUCACUGUUUACAAAGGCAAACAACACUGUUGCUGUAAUUUUAUUUCUAUAAGACAUGAUGUUAGAGUGUAAUUCACAUUAAAGACACAUUUAUUUCUCCAGUGUGCUUUCACUUCUAUGAAGGAAACACAGUUCUUGACCUUUGGACUGAACACAUUAAAAUCAGAUAGAUAUUUCUUAUAUCAAAUCAUCAAACAUAUCAAAUAACACUGUAUAACAACCAUGUGUGUAAAUAACAGCACACAUUUACCAAUAAAGCCUACACUGGGAGCAUGGAAGUAAAACUUUUUCUUUCUCUCUUUGCCUUACAGGUGGAUGAGGGGUUCCUGUUCAGGUGCAAGGUAAUCUUUCGCUUCAAUUACAAUAUCAGAAUGUUGUUUGUACUUAUCGAGAAAUUACCUGUGCUCUUAUUUUGGCGUCCAUUGUUAAACUCAGAGACUGUCUUCUUCAUACAUUUAAUUAAUUAGUGCUGUAAUAAUGAAACAGGACCUGAUCUUUGUCCAACAGGAUGUUCGGCAUUGUGGCCAAAGGUGUGGAGGCUGGUAUGGAGAAUGUUUGCCACGUUUUUGCAGAGUAUGACCCCCUACAGCCCUGCAACAAAAUCAUUGAAGUUAUCCAGGCUGCCAUAGCAAGGCUAUAG